CUUUAGUAGCAUCUGUGGUACAGAUUUGGUGGUGGUUAAUUAUUGAGUUGUUUUUAUGUCGCUUUCAACAUUAAAAUAAAAUACAACAAAUGAAAAAGUUUGGGUGGAUGGGGGUGUCCUGCAAAUUUUUAUUCUUUUUUCUUUUUUUACAAAUAUUCCAACCUUAGAUUCUCAAAUAAAAAAUGCUCAUACGGAUAAUAAUGAUAAAUAAAUAAAAGCAAUAAUAAUAAGGUAAUGAAUGGGAAAACCCAUCCGCAUCAAUGGGGGAUCGUUCUCGGCCGCUGAUCGUGGCGAUGAAGGGCCACCCGGGGACGGGCAAAUCCACGCUCGCCCGCGGCGCCGCCGCGGCGCUCCGCCUCCCCCUCCUGGACAAGGACGACGUCCGCGACUGUACCCUCCCCCUCCAACAAUCCCCAUCCCCAUCCCCAUCCCCAUCCCAAUCCCAAUCUCAAUCACAAACCCUAGGAGGGGGAGGGGGAGUGGGCGCCGCAUCCCUGAACGAGCUCUCGUACGCGGUGCUGUGGCGCGUCGCCGAGACCCAGCUCCGCCUCGGCCUCUCCGUCGUCGUCGACUCCCCGCUCUCCCGCGCCACCCACCUCGCCGCGCUGCGCCGCGCCGCCGCGCGCUGCGGCGGCGCCCGCAUCGCGAUCGUCGAGUGCCGCCCCGGGCGCGAGCUCGAGUGGCGGCGCCGCCUCGAGGAGCGCGGCGCCGCCGCCGCCUCAGGAGGAGGAGGAGAGGGGUGGCACAAGCCGAGGACGUGGGGGGAGCUGAGGAGUCUGGUGGAGGCGUACGAGGGGCGCGCGGAGUACGAGGUGGGCGACGACGUGGCGCGGCUCGUCGUCGACACCACCGAGGAAGGGGUCGCCGCCGACGAGAUGGUCGCUCGGGUUGUGGACUUUAUCCGCUCGCUGUAGCCCGUGGACCCGCCCUACCACGUUGUCCAUGAGCCCCAACUCCUUUAUUUCAUUUUAUUUUAUUUUAUUUUAUUUUAUUUUUUUCUGGGUUUAUGUAACUAUAAUGCUUUUUUAAUUCUCUGUGGCAUGAAGGUGUAUAGUCCAUUCUCUUUGAUAAGCCCAUAGAUAAAUCAACAGCAAAAUUAAGACUUAA